GGAAAACAAAAUGCCUGUGUUUCUAUCAGCCAUUAACUGUUGACAGAUCAUGGUACGCAACCAUCUCUGCAGUCGUUAAUGCUGCCACUCUUGGCUUUCAUAUAGAAUCCCUCCCUUCUCCCAGAAUGCCACAGUGUAGUACAUGUUGAGAUCUGUUUUCAUGCUAGAGCUUUCUUGGGACUUGUAAGUACCAAACUCCCUGUUUCCCUUCAGGCCAUCCAGAAAUCCAUCCAGACUAGUGGGCGACAAGUCAACAUGGAGGUGGUCAACUAUGAUGGACUUACGCCUCUCCAUGUUGCAGUCCUGUCCCACAAUGCUGUAGUGCAGGAGCUGUGCUGUCACGGGACGCCCCCCUCUGCUCAGAAUCUGGCUCUGCUGCAGAAGAGGAAGCUGCUUGGGGAGUGUAUCAGCACUUUGUUGCUCAUGGGCGCGUCGCUGGAAAUGAAGGAUCGCAAAAGUGGCCGCACCGCUCUGCAUAUGGCUGCUGAAGAGGCUAACGUUGAGCUUCUGCGCCUUUUUCUGGAUCAGACCAACUACUUCUCUAUUAUAAACGCAAAGGCAUACAGUGGGAACACAGCGCUGCACAUGGCCAGCGCUCUGCAAGGCCGCCAGGCUCAAGUGGAUGCGGUUCGAUUACUGCUGAGACGAGGAGCCGAUCCCAGUGCCAAGAACCUGGAGAAUGAGCAACCGGCCCAACUAGUGCCCGACAGUCCGCUGGGAGACCAGGUGCGUCGGAUCCUGAAAGGUAAAGGAGCACAGUCCCGCUCAUGAGCGACCGUCCCAUUCUUCCCUUCAGAAUCGCUGUCAGUCAGGCAGUCUGUGUGUACAGAUUCAUUUGCCACUUCGGGCAGAUGUCGGUUGUUUCUGUGAAACAGUUUUAUCAUUGUUCACUACUGAGUAGUAGAUGGUAAAGGAAAGUGAGAGCAACAGUUCAGAGAAGCUACCUGGCAUUAGAAGAGGAAUCCAGUGUUAUGAGGAAGUUCAGGAAGGAUUAUUUAGAAAGUAAUGAUAAAUGAAAGACAGCGUUAAAGAGAAAGAAAAUGAAGUCAUGCUGUCAUCCAGAUUCACUGGAUUGAACAGUGAAUCUUCUCUUGUUCAGUAGCAGAUCUGAAGUGUUGCAUUUGGCUCUGGUGUGUAAAAAGGUUGUAAACUAUAAUCUCUAAACAACGUAACUACAUCCGUAUUGUUGUUAUUAUUAUUACUCUUAUGUGUGUUUUGUCAGAAGGUUUGCACGUUAAACAUGAUCAACAGUCUUUACCUGAGAUGGUAAUCAGUAACUUUAAACCUGUUAAACCAGAACGUCCCUGAUUGUUGGCUUAAGGCGUGUUUCAGCAUGUUAUUUUGGGACUUUCUUCCAUCAAUAAUUAACUUUUCGUGCGGUCAUGUGACUCUCUAGAAGUCGUUUUAUUAUCCUGGAUUAUUAUUCUGAUUUUUAUUAUUCUUUUUCUAUUGUAACUUCUAUUCUCAGAAUCAACAGUAAAACCCACAUAAAAAUAGGGUUAAAGGUGUUUAUUUAUGAAGACAGAAAGAGACUGUUUUAGUGCAUUAUAAUAGCUCAUAUUAAACAUAUCUGAAUGAUAUUGCUGAUGUAUAUGUUUUUGUGGUGAUGGGAUAAGUAUAUAUUGUUAUUUUGUAAUUUUGUAUAUAUAUUAUGUAAUUCAGCAUUAUCUUUCCAUUGUGCUUCAGUAGUGGGUUAGUGUUUGCUUUGCAGGUCACUUGAUAUUCUGUGAGUUUGAAUUGCCAGCUGUAAUUCAGUCUUAAAUAAAGUUUCCUUUUUAGUGUC